GCCUCAUUUUACAGUCAUGAAGCGCCUGUGAUCCUGGUGGAAGCCCAGCUCAGUGAUACCAUGGCUCACUUUGAUACAGAGUACCAGCGGCUGGAGGCUUCGUACAAUGACUCUCCCCCUGGAGAAGAGGACUUGAUGGUGCAUGUUCCUGAGGGCAGCAAAUCUCCUUGGCACCACAUUGAGAAUCUGGAUCUCUUUUUUUCUCGUGUCUAUAACCUGCACCAAAAGAAUGGCUUCACCUGCAUGCUCAUCAGUGAGAUCUUUGAGUUAAUGCAGUUCAUAUUUGUUGUGGCCUUCACCACCUUCCUCAUCAGCUGUGUCGACUAUGACAUCCUUUUUGCCAACAAGCUUGUGAAUCACAGCCAGCAUUCCAGUGACCCAGUUAAGGUGACCCUGCCAGAUGCCUUCUUACCUCCUAGUGAGUGCAGUGCCAGGAUUCAGGCAAAUGGCUUUCUGCUCUCUAUCCUGGUGAUCGCAGGGGUCUUCUGGAUCCACCGACUAAUUAAGUUCAUCUACAACAUUUGCUGCUACUGGGAGAUCCACUCUUUUUACAUCAAUGCUCUCAAGAUUCCUAUGUCCAAUUUGCCCUACUACACAUGGCAGGAGGUGCAGGCCCAGAUUGUGCAAAUCCAGAAGGAACAUCAGAUCUGCAUCCACAAGAAGGAGCUCACAGAGCUAGACAUCUACCACCGCAUCCUGCGUUUCAAGAACUACAUGGUGGCCAUGGUGAACAAGUCGCUGCUUCCUGUGCGCUUCCACCUGCCCCUGCUGGGUGAUACAGUCUUCUACACACGUGGCCUCAAGUACAACUUUGAACUGAUCUUCUUUUGGGGCCCUGGCUCACUCUUUGAGAAUGAGUGGAGUCUCAAAGCUGAGUACAAACGGGGCAGCAACCGUCUGGAGCUAGCCGAGAAGCUGGGCACUCGCAUCCUGUGGAUUGGCAUUGCUAACUUUGUGCUGUGCCCACUUAUCGUCAUCUGGCAGAUCCUCUAUGCUUUCUUCAGCUACACUGAGAUUCUCAAGCGAGAGCCAGGCAGCCUGGGUGCCCGCUGCUGGUCCCUCUACGGCCGCUGCUACCUGCGGCACUUCAACGAGCUGGACCAUGAGUUGCAUUCACGCCUCAGCAAGGGCUACAAGCCAGCUUCCAAAUACAUGAACUGUUUCAUUUCACCACUGUUCACUAUUGUGGCAAAGAAUGUGGCCUUCUUUGCUGGUUCCAUCCUUGCUGUCCUUAUUGCGCUGACUAUUUAUGAUGAGGAUGUGCUUGCUGUGGAGCACGUCCUCACUACAGUCACAAUUCUGGGCGUGGCCGUUACAGUCUGCAGAUCCUUCAUCCCAGACCAGCACUUGGUAUUUUGCCCAGAGCAGCUGCUUCGCGUGAUUCUGGCACAUAUCCACUACAUGCCUGACCACUGGCAGGGCAAUGCUCACCGAUAUGAGACCCGAGAUGAGUUUGCACAGCUCUUCCAGUACAAGGCGGUGUUCAUUCUGGAAGAGCUGCUCAGCCCCAUUGUGACCCCCUUGAUCCUCAUCUUCUGUCUGAGGCCCAAAGCUCUGGAAAUCAUCGACUUCUUCCGCAACUUCACUGUGGAGGUGGUGGGUGUGGGGGACACUUGCUCCUUUGCCCAGAUGGAUGUGCGACAACAUGGACACCCUGCAUGGAUGUCAGCUGGGAAGACGGAGGCUUCCAUUUACCAGCAGGCUGAGGAUGGCAAGACCGAACUAUCCCUCAUGCACUUUGCCAUUACCAACCCACACUGGCAACCACCCCGUGAGAGCACGGCCUUCAUCGGCUUGCUUAAGGAACGUGUGCACCGAGACAGCAGCCUGGCGCUUGCCCAGCAGGCGGUCCUCCCUGACAACGCCCUCUUCACCUCCAUCCAGUCCCUGCAGUCGGAAUCAGAGCCACACAGCCUGAUUGCCAAUGUGAUUGCCGGCUCCUCAGUUCUGGGUUACCAAGCAGUCCGUGAUGCACAGGCCUCACGGCAUCUCUCUGCUGUUUCCGAGGUGGCAUCUGCUUUGCGGUCUUUCUCUCCUCUCCAGUCUGCUCAGCCAACCCAUGGGUGUUCCCAGGCUGAUGGUCCCCAGCUCCGAGGCCCUGGCACAAUGACUGGCUCUGGGGCCGAUGCCCGAACAGCCAGCUCAGGCAGCAGUGCCUGGGAGGGUCAACUCCAGAGCCUAAUCCUUUCAGAGUAUGCCUCUACAGAGAUGAGUCUGCAUGCACUCUACAUGCAUGAGUUGCAUAAGCAGCAUGCCCAGUUGGAGCUUGACAGGCACUUGUGGCAUCGGCGGGAAAGUGAUGAGAGUGGUGAGAGUGCCCAGGAGGAGUCCGAGGCUCACCGUGGCACACCGAGCAGCACAAUUCCUCGGUCUGCCAGCUAUCCUUUUGCCUCGCCUCGUCAGACUGGAGAGGAGACGGCAGCUCUACAAGCAAGCUUUCAGCGCCGAUACGGGGGUGUCUCAGACCCUGGUAUGAUGCACAGGGCCCCGUCGUCGCACUUUGCUCGGCUGCCGCUCGGAGGCUGGGCUGAGGAUGGCCAGCCCGCUCGACACCCAGAGCCUGUCCCAGAGGAGAGCUCAGAAGAUGAAUUGCCACCUCAGGUACACAAGGUGUAGCUGUGAAGGCUGAAGAUCGUGUAGGUGUUCCAGACUCUGGGCCCACCUUGGCUGGUAUGACGUUGGGUUACUCUGCCUGGCAAGCCAUGAGUUACCCAAGUGUCUGUGUCUUGGACAUCAGCACCAGAGGGGGAAAGGUGUAAGGUCAACAGUGCCUUUGUGGUGGACAGAACUCUAUCCCGACAUGUAUCAUGCCAUUGACACUCUA